AAACAAGAUAUAAAUGCGAUGUUUAGGGUUAUAUGCACAAAUAAUCAAAAUGAACACGAACUGUUUAGGGUUAUAUACAUAAUAAGCUUCACAUACAAACGGUGUGUUUAGGAUUAUAAGCAUAAGCAAAUAAACACUUUGGUCUUUCCUCCAAUCUCAAGCUGACACGCCGGGAUGUGGCAGAGAUUCCUUACUAAGGCACGGAGUUCUUUUGUUUUAAUAACUGAAAUAUAGCUCGGCGUUAAUCCAAGGUUAGGUACUCACAAAAUAGUUAAUAAUCUGAUGUGAAAUCGAUAUAUAUAUUUUUUUUAAAUUAAGUAUUUUAUUUGCCUUCCGCGAAGUAUGCAACCUUUAAUCGAGAUAACCAAACGUAGUGAUGACGUAGUGUUAUGUGCAUCUCUGAACCACGUUUAAGUCUGAUCACGUGUUCAUGAAUAUCAUGUUGAGCUAAAUUGCUGAUCGAUUUACAAUCGAAUAAUUUUCACGCACUGGUGAUCAAUCUCAACUGAGAGUACGAGAGUACAUUUUGACAUCGUUUUGAAUAUCAUUCACCAAUGUUACUGCGAGGGACCCAAACAAAAUAUAGCAUCCAAUUGGAAAUUUAAUUUGAGCAAGAAUUCCCAACGUUAUCAACAAGUUACAAGGCUGUAGAAACACACCAAACUUAAUGUCCAAUAUCGUCUAUGAUACCUGUAUCAAAUACAUCACCAUCAAAUAAACAUAUCUUGGGUUGUGUUUGUUAAUUUUAGCAACCAAAUACUUUCUUUUGUCCGGCAGUUUAGUCUAACGUGCAACAUACAUAUCGAAGCGAAUUGAUAUAUGCAGCUCAAUGCUGUAAGACAUAUUGAUAUGACUCAAUAGAUAACGGUAGGAACUGGGCUGGAAAUAGUUUAUAUCUGUAUAUCUGCGCAUGUCUACGCAUAUGAUAAAAACAUAACAACAUAUAGAUAUAACACAUAAAAAACACAUCUGGUCACGUGGCAGUCAUUUUGAUUGAAAUGUCGGAUGCUUUUACUGUUUUGUGUCGUCAGCGGUAUGCCGCCUUUCGAAUUGAAACUGCCAUGUAUAUUUUGAUCCACGUAAUGCAAGAGUGACGGAUACACCUUCAUUCAAAUUGAGAAUGACACACCCAAAAGACAGUGAUGUAGAGGCCAUACCCGUUGUUGUGUCCUCGGAUGAGAGAAGAAAGAAGGACACGGAGGACGAUAGGAUCGAUGAGGACGGAAGCCAGAGAAGAGCUAACCUUGGGGUCGAUCCUGGACACUGUCUGCCGCCGUCUGAAACUGGAGAGUCUGUGCCAGGCGACAUGCCACGCCUACAGCAGACAGCCCCUGUUGGAGCUGUGAAGGGAGAAAACAUCAUUCUCAAAGAGGAGGCAGGGUCUGAACCAUCCUCUGGAACUGACAAUGGGGAUGAUGAGAAUGUGAAGAGGCUAGAUGAAGCGUUGUCCAGAUUGGAUGUCAAAGACGAAGAUGACCCUGAAGGCAUGCCACACAGUUCUCUUGUGAGUGCAACACAGCUUCGGGUGCCUGAAACAGAGUCUUCAGAUACAUCUCUUGAUGCUCAGUCCAAUGAGUGUGGUGCUAAGGGAAGUGAACGCUUGUCUGAGAGCUCCCUGGAAUCCGAUGGAAAUGUGAGUGACGUUGAGAGUGACAUUGACUCUGAUGGAAUAUGUUCAAUCAGUGAUCCUUCUCCACCAAGAGACAGCCAGGAUCAACUUGUAGCGAGGGGACCAACAAGGGAACAUACUUUACAGUCCCGUCAUCAGGGCAAACCAUAUGACAGACAGUCUACUUCGCCUCAUAUUGUCACCAAGGAACAAGAUGAUGAAUUGAAGAUGUUACUCGAGACGUCCCCUGCCAGUUAUGACGGAUCCCAGCAUUCGUCACCUCCAGAAGCUUUUGAUCAGAAUUAUGUAGAUGAUUGGCUGGACACGCUCGAGCCUCAAGAUACGAGCAGCCUCAAAUUAUUUAAUGGAAACGAUUCCUGCGUGUCGGCUCAACAUUUGACAGGCUCCAUGGCCAGCCCUGGUCGAGCUGGUCUUGAUAGUAGUGGUAGGAUCAUCAACUCCCAUGUACCAACUCAGCAGUGUGCUAAUGUAUUUAAUUCCCCUACUUCUGAUCCAGCUCUGACAACAAUGACAACGACACCCUGUGCUUUGAUCUUUCCAUCAUCCAGUACAGCGAACAUCCCCAGACCUGAUGAUUCUAUGAACAUGUCUGGUAGUCAGGCCCCCAUGCAAUCUACAAUACCAACUGUGGUUGAGGAAAAAAUAAAUGAAUCAGAAACGGACCCCAAGAAAAAUAAGAAGAGAACCUCUAGAAAGAAAAGGGGCACCCCGACCCCACGUAAAGUAGCAACAAAGUCGGAAUGUCAAUCUUCUGUCCAACAAACGCCACCCCCUAUUACACCAAUGUUGAGCCAAGGUCUUGUUUCUGCAACACCAAUUGAAUCAUCCAAUCUCCUGAUGGAUGCAAUGCACUUAAUUGCUAAUGAGCUUAGCAAUAAUCCACCAAAUGGUACACCGGUCACACAGACUCACCAAGAAGUGAUGCAGCAAUGGCUACAUGCAUCGGACACCCAGACCGCAUGUGUGCCAAUGCAUUCUGACCCGGCCCAUCCUGUUCAGCAGCUUCCAGUUUUUUCCCAAAGUCCACAUUCUGUUCUACAAGCGCCCCCAUCAGUACAGAGUCGUCAACUUUGUCUUCCCCAAGCUCCACAACAACCUGCAACCACGAUAUAUCUUAAUCAGGAUACCAACAUUGAUGUGCAACAGGUUGCGCAAAUUGCAAUACAGAGUUCCCCUCACCACCUUUGUGCAACCCCUUGGGGCAAUAAUGAUGUGCAGCAUGUCGCUCCAGAUGUUCAGGUUUUGCAUCAACAGCCAGGAAUACCACCUCUCGCCUCUACCGCGACGAUGUCGUAUGGCACCAGUCAACAUCAGAUGUUCCCCAGCCGACCAACAAUGAUGGCUAAUGCUGGGUUAAGGCCCUUGGUGCCGUCUUCUGGCCAAUACAAGUUGACAACGGCUGGCAGCUUAGGCGCGACCAGUUAUCAGCUAUUUGCCUUCCCAUUUCAACCUGUGAGGCCAGUACGUUCCCCGACCGAACCAACUUCGAGAUUACAGAAGAUAGUCCCGAAACCAACUUGAAGGGAUAAAUGGAAAAUGAAUGGUUUGAAACUGAUGAUGAUCUUCAAUAUGUUGCUUCGGUGUGAUCUGGUGACGAAGGUUAUAGGUGAAUGUUGUGGAGUUCCAGGGAUGUUAACCAAGAUUACGGUAUAACCCUUGGUGUGAAAGCUGGUAGUCAUGUGAUGACACUCGGCCGGUGUUUAAAGUGGUCCAGCUCAAUCUUUGCAUCAUCGUUCCAAUGAAAAGAAAUAUCCUGAAGUAUCUGGUACAGAUGUGAGUCAUUCAGCAGAUAUUGUCUUGUUGGUAACGUUAUAUGACUUAAUAUGACAGUUUAUCUUAGGACAAUUUGCUAAGACCUAAUACCGCAGAUCUUGGCGGUGAUGUUAUGAAAAUCAGAGAAACCGAGUUUGGUGAAUUCCUUUCGCUGGUCGUGGACAUUGAAUUCGAAGGACCAUGGCUGUACAGUUGUUUUAUGUUGAAAAUUCAAUUUUCUGCGCGAAUAUUUGUUUUCUUUUUCUCUCUCUGGUAUGUAUUUAUAACAUUAAUGUAUAUAAUACAUGUAUAUUAAAUAUGUAUAUGACGUUUUGUCCGAAAUAAAGAAAAUAUCUUUGUAAAUGUCUUUAAUUUUUUAUUUU